AUGGAGGAUGAUGGAGAGGGCGAGAAUAGAAAGGGAAAAGAGAAGGGAGGUAUGGGUGGAGAACAGAAGGAUGUGGAUACAUAUGAGAGUGGAGUAGCCAAAGUAAAGCAGGCAGAAAAUAGGUCUGAUGUAGAUUCAUCUGAUACCGAAAAUAAUAAAAAAAAUCGUCAAAAUAGGGCAAAAAGAAAUUAUUCUGAUGACGAAUAUGAAGAUGAUUUACAUUGUAUGCUACCUCCACCGCCAAAAAAGCCAGCCUUAUUGACGAAAAAGUCUUCAGAGUAUUUGUCGAAGAAUCCAAGUAUUAGAGAACGUUCGACAUUGUCAAACGAAGCAAGCAGUAGUCAACAAAAGGAAAAAUAUGACUCUGUGGAUAUUUUGUUAUCUUCUUCACCAUGUAGCAGUAAAGAAAAAGUUACUUCUUUUGAUAAUGCAACAGAAUUGGUACAGAAUAUUUCAAAAGGACCCUUUGAAUCAGAAACGUUAAAUGUCGACACUUUUAGUUUGAUUCCAAAGAUUACAGAGUUUAUGAAAGAAAUAUUGCGUAGAUGCAAUAAAAUUGAUUCAAAAUUAGAUCGUAUUGAUGGAAGAUCGAUUAUAAUUGAAGAAAAGAUACAGAGUGGCUCAAAUGACAUAAGAAAUGAACAUUUUGAUGUCGAAGAUUUUGUAAAUUUGCCUUUGAAGACUAUUGAUGAUAUGGCAAAUUUGGAGUUAGAACUUCAAGACGCUAAUUUUUUUAAUAAAACGGUAAGAUUAUUAAUCAGAAAAAGAAGGAGAACAAAUUUAUCACCUAUUUAUAUAUUAUAAUAUAAGUCAAUACAAAUGUUUGAAAGUUCACAAUACGAAACAUGACAUUUUAGUAA